UUCUAAAAGGGGCAAAUGGACUAAAAUCAGGACUCUGGGUUCAGAAGAUACGGCUUACCUGAAGGAAUGUAUCGGAAACUCCGAGUUCAUGGUCCUUCCCACGGAACAAGAUAAAUGGGUUUCGCUUCAUCCUUCCACUGGCAUCGUGUGCUGGUGUGAUGAUAAGGAAUUAAAACAGCAAUGUAAGAAUAUGGGCAAAAUAUAUUUUGUAGACUUCAGUGAGAUCGACAGUGACAAAACCGAGGUUUUCCGGGCACAAUUCUCUCACCUCUUGAAAGCUUUAGGGGUUCCUCUUCUUUCUGAGAUCGUAACUCAUGAAGCGAAAUAUUAUGGUCUGAGGGACUCUAGCUUCAUGACUUCAUUAAUGAACUGGGCUCUUCCUUUUGCUCAGCGCUACGUAUUUAGCGUACACCCCGACAGAUAUGCCGAGCUUAAGCAAUCUGAAUUUGACGUCCUGAGUUGUCUGCAAGUAAUUGUUGUUGAAAAGCUGUUUUUCAGAAAUGUUAUAAAGAAUUUCGGACGUGCUUCUGGUGAACAGAUUCCAUGUAGCUGUCUUCUGCAGGAUAAUAUUUUAUACACAACCCAAGACUCGGGUUCUCAUUCGUUGUUUAUGGAGUUUUCUCGUUUGCUAUUCGAUGGAGCUCUCGAGCUUCAUUUGGCCAACUUCCUUCACAUGAUCACCGCCAUGGACGAAUCGGGUUCUUCCGAAGAGCAAACAGAGUGUUUUAUCCUGAAUACUCAAAAGGUCACAAAGCUUCCCAAGGAGGAACCUGUUUGGUCUGUCUCAUCUGUCAUCUCAGUCGUUGAGUCUCACAACUUACUUCAAACCUUACCAAACAGCCAAGGAUCAUCUUUCAAGGCUAAAGAUAAAGCAAGAAAUUGGCCACCGGUCGACUGGAAAACGGCUCCGGGUUGUAGUUUUGCUCGUGAAAAUGGUCUCAAAAUGCAACCAGGAAGCUCACUGCCUCGCAACCGAUAUGCAGAAAACGCUUUUGAAGUCGUCGACAAGCAAACAGAGAACUUGUCUCCAGUUUCAACAGCCACAGACUGGACCUAUGAAGAUGAUUUAUCUGCAAUGUCAGUAGCAUCGGUUGUUAAAGGCAGUGGUGAUAAAAUUGGUUCUCAGUCCAAUUCGAGUGGCUUUGCAUGGAAAAUGCAGCUUAGAACUCGCACCAUCGAUCCAGCACAGUCAACGGUAACUGGGAGACUCGGCGAGCAACGUCGCCUUCAAAUAUUUCACUGAAAAGUUCAUUGACACAGUAGUUAAGUGGGUUAAUGAGGACUCAGAAUCUGGAUUCCCCUUUGAUAUAAUUGUAGGAGACAACGAGGAGAAUAGACAGUACAUUGAAGUGAAAUCAACCAGAUCUGCAAGGAAAGAUUGGUUCAACAUAUCAAUGAGAGAAUGGCAAUUUGCAGUCGAAAAGGGAAAAUCAUUCAGCAUUGCACACAUUUUAUUAUUAGCUAAUAACGUCGCCCGGGUCUCGGUUUUUAAGAACCCAGUUAAACAAUGCCAGUCGAGCAAGCUCCAACUGGCUCUUUUAAUGCCCAAGCAAAAGUACUCCACUGUCUUCUCCUCCUGAGAUAGCAGCUUGUUGGUUUGAUUUUCGAGCUCGUUGUCGAGACGGAGAAUAUCUCGAUCCAUCUCACUCGUUGUCGAGUCGGAGAAUAUCUCAAUCCAGCUCGCUCCAAGGCUGGACUUCCAUCCAUGCUUUUCUCAGCAGUUGCAAGUUAUAAUCUGUGAGCACCAGCAGGGAGCUGGCUAGUCUUUAAUUUUUGUGCAUCCUGCAGUGUUAUUCAUUGUACAUAAUUACCUAGCAGAGCUCUAGUGUUAUUCAUUGUACAUUAUUUGCUAUGCUUCCAAAAUCAGUCCUAGUUUUUUUUUUU